CCAUCGAAUCUAUAACCACGUGCCGUAUAUCCAACAUCUUCGUAUACAUACAUACAACGACUCCAUAAACACAAACCCCGAAGCCAAAUCAACAGUGGCGCCCCCAAAACUCUCAAGCGUUCCGAACCGCCGCGCAAUCGCCUCUCUCGCUCUCGUAACCGCCCUCUCCGCCAUCGAGAAGCAGCGCCAAGCGAGGAACGACCGCGUCGUCGCCGCCGAUUCGGAACUCCAACAAAGCUUCGCUGCGCAAGAUAUGUCGGGCGAGCUACAGACGAUUCCUGCGCGCCAUGGCGUCGCGACUUAUGUACCCCGUGGUCGGACUAUCAAGAUUAUAAAUACGUAUGGGAAGCAGGUGGUUAGUGCGUGGGCGAUCGGUUUAGGUGCGCCUCCGGAGGAUGGGGGCGAGGAUGAUGAGGAAGAAGAGGAUGUCGAGGGGAUGGAAGAGGAGGUGGAGAAGUUGAAGGAGGGGUUAGGUGAAAACGAUGGAAAGGCUGAUGUUGAGAAAGUUGAGAAGGUGGUUCAGGAGGAGGUUGAGAGACCGAAGGAGGAGGCUGCGAAGGGAGAGAGUUCGAAGACGGGUGAAAUCAAGGAUGGUGAGCAAGACUCGAAAGAUGAUAGUGAAAAGACGAAUGAAGAUACAGACGGAGGUAAAGAAUCAAAAAUGGAGAGUGGAGGCAAAGAAGAAGUUGCGACAAAAGAGAGUCAAGACACUUCUGACAGCAAGGAGGCUACAAAGAUUGGGGGCUCAACGAACGACGACGAUGAUCCACCUGAACAAGCCCCCGACACCCCCGUGGAUGAGAAGCCGGCUCCAGAGAAGAGUGGUAAACAGGGCCAGAAGCGUACCUGGGCCUCAUAUCUCCCUUCCAUACCGUACCGAAACAAGAAUUCAAACCCAGGCAAAGCCGACACAAAUUCCAAGCAAGAGACCAAGGCGGAAAAAGAACAGAAUGCCGCUGCCUCAAAGAAAUGGUCAUCCUACCUACCAACAGGUAAAGGUUUCUCAAGCUACGUCCCCAAUGUUCAACUCCCCGAUUCCCAACAUGUCAUCAGCGCCUUCCAAGCCAGCCACGGCCGCGACCCUAACAAGAGCUACGCCGAACAACUCUACGACUUCUCGAAAACCCCCGUCGGCGCUGGAAGUAUAGCAGCAGCUACAGGGUCCGGUACGGCAUCCUCCUUAUACGCUGCAUACUCAGCCUACACCAAACUCAACGCAUCCAAAAACGACCAACCCCCCAUGGAGUACCUCUCGCUCCCACACACGCGCACCGCAACAAACCGCCUGGUCCCUCGUGUCGAUGAUACCCUCCUCACCAAUCUCCGGAACCCCAUCAUAACCCUCAUUGAAGAUACAUCUCCCGGCGUCCACGACACGCUGACCGCCGCCUGCGACGCAAGUCUCUACGCAGCCCUAGGCGUCCAAAAACCCGCUGAACACGGAAGCUGCGCCGAAAACCUCGUCCUAGCGCUCAAACAACUCAACGAAAAAGCCGGGCUGAAAGGAACAAAAGCCAUUGGAGCAGACAUCACCGUGAACAUCGCUCCCACACCCCUCCACCUCUUCAUGAACGCGCCCGUCUCCCUCGACUCCGAAGAAAAAGCAGAUGUUAGUUUCGCUGUCAAGGAGCCAGCAGGCAAGAAGAGGAGCUUUGUUCGCUUCCGCGCUGAGCGCGAUGUCGUGAUCGUACUUAGCGCUUGCCCUAUGGACGUUGGACCCCAGAACGGAGGGAAGUGCAUGGCAGCCAAUUUCAUGGUCGAGGAGGCCGAUGAGGAGGAUCUUGCAGCAUCUACGGCGUCCAUCAAAAAAGCGCCAAGGAAACUCGGCAGGAAAGACGAAAGGAAAUCUGAAGAAGGGAAAGCGGGGAAAGCAGUAGAUACUAAGAGCAGCGGGGGAGGAGAAGGAGGAGGAGGAAUGCCCCGUCUUAGAGGCGGCCCCAACAAAGCCGCUGCCGUGCAAAAAUCCGCGCAGGACGCUGGCAAAGCGAGAAGUGAAUCCUCUACAGCUGCUGCUGGGAAUUCCUCAUCCUCUAAGAGACCUGAGGAUGACAACGACGAUGAUCCUCCGGAAAGCAGCAUCCCUUCUUCUCCCGCACCUCCUCCACAGCAGAAGAAAGACACACCAAAAGAGCCUGAACAAGAACAACCUCCCAAGCAGAAGAAGAAACCGAAGAAAUUGGAGAGGAGAGGCGUCACUGGUGGGUCUUCUACUCCUUCGUCUUCGGCAUCAGGGGCUGUGGGGAAGGAAUAA